GCUUCUUAGUACAAGUAUCCUUCUACAUCCUUGUCUGCUCCUAUCCCCAUGAAACAAAUAAUGCAUAGCUCAGCCAUGUUAUCUACUGUCUCCAGUCUCUGCAGGCAGUCUCUGGGCAGGAGAAGGGGAUUCUUGCUGCUGCAGACAUGCAGGGUGACUGGGACCCAGAACAGGACCAGAGCAGGGGCUGCAGCUGGGGUAGUAGAGGGGGAAAAGAAAUUAAAGACAUUUGAUGAUCUGCCUGGACCCUCAAUGCUGCAGAACCUCUACUGGUUCUUUCUCAGAGGAUACAUUCUGCAUACUCACCAGUUACAACUGAUAUAUAAGAAGCGAUAUGGACCACUCUAUAAGUCCGUUUUGGGAAAAUUCAAAAUGAUAAACGUAGCCGCCCCUGAAAUUUUGGAAAUAAUGGUCAGACAGGAAGGUAAACAUCCCCAGAGAAAUGUGUACGAGAGUGACUUGUGGAAAGCACAUCGGGAUAAGAGGAAGAUUGCCUAUGGACCGUUCACACAGUAUGGGCAUAAAUGGCAGUCUCUGCGGACAGUGUUAAAUAAAAAGAUGUUAAAGCCGGCUGACGCCAAGAGCUAUGCUGGGAGCAUCAAUCUGAUUGUUUCUGAUUUCAUGGACCGACUUCAGAAUUCGCGUAAGGAGAGUCCAUCAGGCGACAUGGUGUACGACGUAGCAAACGAACUCUACAAAUUUGCUUUUGAAGGAAUCUCGUACAUUGUGUUUGAAACUCGAAUCGGCUGCCUGGACAAGCAGACUCCUCCAGAGACUCAAACGUUUAUUGAUUCCAUUGGCCAGAUGUUUAAGAAUUCGGUUUAUGUCACAUACCUGCCCGUUUGGACAAGGCGAUUUCUGCCAUUUUGGGAUCUGUACCUCGAAGGAUGGGAUAAUAUUUUUGAGUUUGGCAGGAAGAUGGUGGAUAAGAAGAUGCAGGAGAUACAGUCCAGGCUUGAGAAAGGAGAAGAAAUAGAGGGAGAAUAUUUAACGUACCUGCUCUCCAGUGGGCAACUGACCAAUGAUGAGGUGUACGGCAGUGUCUGUGAGCUGCUUCUAGCUGGAGUCGACACUACCUCCAACACGCUGUCCUGGUCACUUUAUCAUUUGGCAAGAGACCCAGAACUUCAGCAAUCUCUGUAUGAAGAGGUGAUCAAUGCUGCCCCCAUGGAUCGUAUUCCCACAGCUGACGAUAUUCCAAAAAUGCCCCUUUUAAGAGCAGUAAUCAAGGAGACACUGAGGCUUUAUCCUGUCAUCCCAACAAACGCAAGGAUUGUAAACGAGAAAGAAGUUGUGAUCGGAGACUAUCAGUUUCCCAAAAAUUCUCUCUUUGUUCUGUCUCAUUACGCGAUAAGCAGAGAUGAAAUUAAUUUCCCGGAUCCUGAGAAGUUUGUGGCCCAACGGUGGCUGAGGGAUGGUGGGAUGAAGCAACAUCCAUUCAGUUCUGUUCCCUUUGGGUAUGGGGUCCGAGCUUGUUUGGGGCGCCGUAUUGCUGAGCUGGAGAUGUACUUGGCUUUAUCACGGAUAAUACGGCUGUUUGAGCUUCGACAGGAUCCCAAUGGUGGGGACAUCAAAUCCAUAGCUCGCAUUGUUUUGACUCCAAGUAAGCCAAUCAACUUGCAAUUUCGGGAGAGAAAGCACAUGAUUAGGUGAAUUAUUCAAAUGGACAGCAAAAGGACUGAUGUUUGCUUCAUUACUUCCUGCCAGUUGUAACUAUACCACAAGACACAAGUCAAGGGAUCUGCCAGAUUUACCAACAGAUCAACUCUAGCAGAAAUCUUGAAUGUAUUACAGAGGAGAACCUUUCACAAAUAAAAUAAAACGUC